UACAGCAACAACGCGAUCCGGCGGGUGGGGGUGGCGACUGGUGCUGUGACGACGCUCGCGGACAGCGGCACCAUGGGCGACGCGGAUGGCGUCGGCGACGCGGCACAGUUCCACAGCCCAGCUGGCAUCGCCAUUAGCCCAGACGGCCGCGCGCUGUUUGUGGCGGGCUGCAGCAACCACAAGAUCUGGCGGGUGGAGUUGGCGACAGGCACUGUGACGACGCUCGCGGGCAGCGGCGAGGACGGCGACGCUGAUGGUGUGGGCGACGCGGCGCAGUUCGAGUGCCCAGAAGAAGUCGCCCUCAGCCCCGACGGCAGCACGCUGUCUGUCGGUUCGAGAGGCGGCCUCCGCCAGGUCUGCGUGGCUGCGCCUCCUCCGCCUCCUUCCUUUGCCCCGAUCGUCGUUCCGCCUUCGACCCUUGGAGCCGACCUCGCAACGACGCGGGGCGACGCGUCCCUCCCGCAGGGCAUGGUCACCUUCCUGGUCGGCGACGACGAGGAGCGCAUCGAGCACGUGAGCAAAAACAACCUCUGCGCCCGGUCCCCGGUCUUUCGGACCAUGUUUGGCAUCGGCAUGAAGGAGCGCGACGCCGCCGAGGUCACGGUGUCCCACACCGACCUCGCCAGCUUCACCGCCCUCGUCGACUACCUCCUCUCCGACAAGUUCGACCUCGGCGAGGAGGAGGGCAGGGCGCAGCGCGCGCUCGACCUGCGGGAGCUGGCGCAGAUGUACCAGGUGCCGCGCCUCGAGCUGCUCUGCGCGCAGGCGCUGCAGGAGAGCGUCGCGCCGGCGACCGCCGUGCCGCUGCUCGAGGCGGCGCACACGACGGGCGACGGGCGGCUCCUCGCGCAGUGCCGCCGCUUCGUGGCCGACCACGCCGCCGAGGUGCGGGCGAGCGGCGGCGUGGAGCAGCUGCGCGACUUUGGCGUGGCCAAGGGGCUGCUCGGCGACGCGCUCGACCAGGUGGCGGAGCUCAAGGGCGCGAUGCGCGCGCUCCGCGUCGCGGAGAGCUGA